AUGGCGCAAACCGACCAUGCCCACGAGCAAGACCUCGAUCGCGAACGAGACCAUGAACACGGCUACAAAAAUGAAUACGACCACGACCACGACCACGACCACGACAACUUCUCCCGCAACUCCGUUGAUAUCGAAUCACACGAGACGACCACGGAAAACACAAUGCCGGACAGACUGGACAAGCAAAGCACCGCCGCAUCGGGCUUCUCCGUCUUCGAGCAGCGCGCGCAAUCAGUAGUAUCGCGCAUACGCAGUCGGGAGCCCGGGCAGACCGCCAAGUUCACGCAUCCGCUAUCCCAUACGAAAACGAGUGCGGAUGUCAUUGUUGACUUUGAGGGGCCGGAUGAUCCGUAUCGGCCGUUGAACUGGGGUUUCAAGAAGAAGGCUAUCACAACGGUUUUAUAUGGGUUGACAACUAUGGGUGCUACUUGGGCGAGUUCGAUUUAUUCAACGGGCCAACGGCAGAUUAGUGAUGAGUUUGGCGUUUCGACGGAGGUCUCGACCCUUGGUACUUCGUUGCUUCUUUUCGGAUUGGGGCUUGGGCCUCUUGUUUGGGCGCCGCUAUCUGAGGUCUUUGGCCGCAAGCCGGCUGUUCUAGCGCCGUAUUUCAUUGCUGCCAUCAUGUCUUUUGGUACGGCUGUGGGGAAGGAUCUGCAGACGAUCAUGUUGACUCGGUUCUUCUGUGGGUUCUUUGGAUCCGCGCCCGUGACUAAUACCGGCGGUGUGCUGGCUGAUAUUUGGACUCCCGAGCAGCGCGGUGCUGCAAUUGUUGGAUAUGCCAUGGCUGUUGUUGGGGGUCCUGUCUUGGGCCCUAUUGUCGGUGGUGCGAUCUGCCAGAGCUAUCUAGGCUGGCGAUGGACCGAAUACCUUACCGGAAUCAUGAUGAUGUUCUUCCUCGCCCUCGACCUUCUCUUCAUCGACGAAAGCUACCCCCCAGUGCUACUCGUCUAUAAAGCCCGCCGCCUCCGCUUCACAACAGGCAAUUGGGCCCUGCACGCCCGCCACGAAGAAUGGGACGUCACUUUCAAAGAACUAGGCAACAAAUACCUUAUCCGGCCUUUCCAACUCCUCGCAACACCAAUCUGCUUCCUUGUCGCCCUCUAUGCAUCUUUCGUGUACGGAAUCCUCUACCUUAGUCUUGCCGCCUUCCCCAUCGUCUUUCAAGAAGUACGAGGCUGGAACCAAGUCGUCGGUGCCUUGCCCUUCCUCGCUUACCUCGUCGGCAUUCUCAUCGGCGCCUCAAUUAACCUCGGAAACCAAAAAUUCUAUAUCAAACGCUUCAAAGCGAAUAACAACCGCGCUGUCCCCGAAGCCCGUCUUCCGCCCAUGAUGCUGGGCUCGAUUCUCUUUGCAGCGGGACUCUUCGUCUUCGGCUGGACGAGUCCGAAACACAUUCAUUGGAUCGGACCUGUCAUUGGUGCUGUGAUGAUGGGUUUCGGGUUCUUCACUAUCUUCCAAGCUGCGUUGAAUUACCUCAUCGAUACUUUCCAGCGAUACUCGGCUAGUGCCGUUGCCGCGAAUACCUUCCUGCGCUCCGUGUUUGCCGGCACAUUCCCCCUUUUCACGACUGCAAUGUUCCACAAUCUCGGUGUGCCGUGGGCGGCGAGUCUCCUUGGAUUCAUUGCGAUUGCUUUGAUUCCGAUCCCGUACUUAUUCUAUACGUAUGGACGAAGCAUUCGCGCGCGGGGUAAGUGGUCCCUUGAGUCCCUUUAG